UAUAUGACUAUACUGAAAAUCACUGACAGUUUUUUAAUUACGCAAGUGUGAAUUCAAUGCAAAUUUAUUAACAAUACGUAACAACAUGUCUUCAAAUCGUUGUAUUAAUACCUUAAAAGGCAAAAUAAUAGCAAUAAAAAGAGAAGAUCAGUCAGUGUGGGAAAGAAGAGCUCCUUUAGCACCUGCAAAUGUUCGUCAAUUAAUUAGAGAAGGAGUAAAAGUAAUUGUACAACCUAGUAAUAGAAGAGCUUAUCCUGCACACUCUUACCAAGCUGCAGGUGCUAUGUUACAAGAGGAUAUUAGUUCAGCCUCUGUAAUUUUUGGGGUGAAACAAGUUCCUGUGGAUCAACUUAUAUCUAAUAAAACUUAUUGCUUUUUUUCCCAUACUAUCAAGGCGCAAGAAAGUAAUAUGCCUCUCCUAGAUGCUAUUCUUGAAAAGAAUAUACGUUUAUUAGAUUAUGAAAAACUAACAGACGAUAAUGGACAAAGAGUGGUUGCAUUUGGGAAAUAUGCUGGUGUAGCUGGUAUGGUGAAUAUAUUACAUGGACUUGGAUUAAGAUUACUUGCACUAGGACAUCAUACACCAUUUAUGUAUAUUGGGCCAGCACAUAAUUAUAGAGAUUCUGCGAUGGCACGACAAGCUAUACGAGACGCAGGAUAUGAAAUAGCAUUAGGUGCUAUGCCAAAAUCAAUUGGGCCGUUAACCUUUAUUUUCACUGGCAGCGGUAAUGUAAGUCAAGGCGGUCAAGAAGUUUUUCAAGAGCUUCCUCACGAAUACGUACCACCUGAAAUGUUGAAGAAGGUUGCAGAACACGGCGACACAACGAAGAUAUAUGGAUGCGAAAUAAGACGAAGACAUCAUCUAGAGAGGAAAGAAGGAGGUGGUUUCGAUUCCGAUGAGUGUGACAAGCACCCUGAGAGAUAUAUUUCCACUUUCAGCCAAAAAAUUGCGCCAUACGCAUCGGUGAUAAUUAAUGGAAUAUAUUGGGCUGUUGAUUCGCCUAAAUUAUUAACUAUACCAGAUGCAAAAUACCUGCUAAGACCAGCUUAUACUCCUUGGUUACCAGCAAGUGUCGGUGCUCCUGCUUUACCUCACAGAAUAUUAGCGAUCUGUGACAUAUCUGCAGAUCCCGGUGGAAGUAUCGAGUUCAUGAACGAAUGUACAACAAUUGACACACCAUUUUGUUUAUACGAUGCUGAUCGUAACAAGGAUACAAAGUCUUUUAAAGGGCCUGGAGUAUUAGUCUGUUCAAUUGACAAUAUGCCAACUCAGCUACCGAAAGAAUCUACAGACUUCUUUGGGAAUCUUUUAUAUCCUUAUGCGUUGGACAUUAUUCAAUCGGAUGCCAAAAUGCCACUCGAGAAACAUAAUUUUAGCCCAGCAGUACAUGGCGCGAUAAUAGCAUCCAAUGGACAGUUAACACCCAAUUUUGAGUACAUUCAAGAUCUAAGACUAUUGAAUCAACGUUGUAGACAUAAAGCGGAUAAUAGAGAACCACAAAGCAAAACGGUUGUUGUUCUUGGUGCUGGACACGUUUCUGCUCCGUUGGUUGAAUAUUUACAUAGAGAUAGUAACAUUCACUUGAUCGUUGCAUCUCAGUUGAAGGAGGAGGCAGACGUAUUAGCAAAUAAUUUUCCUGGUGUAGAAGCAGUUUUAUUAAACGUAGUUGAACGGCCUGAUAUAUUAAACGAUAUUGUUCAACCAGCGGAUGUGGUGGUUUCGUUGCUACCUUACACUCUACAUCACGUCGUUGCAAAUGCAUGCAUACAUGCUAAAACUCAUUUAGUAACAGCUAGUUACAUGAAUGAAGAUGUUAAAGCUUUACAUGCAGAGGCAGUAGCAGCAGAUGUAACUAUACUUAAUGAAAUAGGAUUAGAUCCUGGUAUCGAUCAUUUACUGGCUUUAGAAUGUUUCGACAAUGUCAAGCAAGCUGGUGGAAAGAUAGAAUCUUUUAUAUCCUGGUGUGGAGGUUUACCUGCUCCAGAAUGUUCUUCUAAUCCUUUACGUUAUAAAUUUAGCUGGUCACCGCGAGGAGUACUAUUAAAUACCUUGGCACCAGCGAAAUUCUAUUAUGAUAAACAAGUUGUAGAAAUAACAGCAGGAGGUGGUCUUAUGGAUACCGUUCAAGACUUGGACUUUUUACCUGGUUUUGCAUUGGAAGGUUUUCCAAACCGAGAUAGUAUAAUUUAUAAAGAUUUAUAUGGACUCAAUGCUGUUAACACAAUGAUACGAGGUACAUUAAGAUUUAAAGGCUUUUGUAGUACCAUACGAGCUUUACAAUCUCUUGGAUUAACUGACCCUAAUCCACAUCCGAGUUUACACCCAAAUGGUCCAGAUAUCACGUGGAGAAUAUUAAUUUGCAAUUUGCUUGGUUUGGCAAAUGAUAAUAUUUUUUAUGAGAAUUUGAAACGAAAAUUAGCCGAAGUGCUGAAUUCGGAAGAAAGUGUAAAGGCAAUUGAGGAUUUAGGACUUCUCCAGGAAGAUUUAGUACUAAAGUUAAAUACUCCUCUCGAUACUCUAACACAUUACUUGUCGAAGAAACUAUGCUAUGAUCAGAAUGAACGUGAUCUUGUGAUUUUAAGACACGACGUUGGUAUACUUUGGCCCGACAAUAGAAGAGAAAUCAGAGGAAUUAAUUUAGUAUUGUACGGUGAAAAACGAGGUUACUCUGCUAUGGCACGCACAGUUGGAUAUCCGACAGCAAUUGCAGUUAAAAUGAUUCUCGACGAUGAAAUUCAACAACGAGGCGUGGUUCUCCCAUUUACCCCAGAUAUUUAUCGGCCUAUACUUAAUAGAUUGAAAGCAGAAGGAAUAGAAUUUAAUGAAACAUCCAAAUGGGUUUAAUUCCUUAUCAACAUUACCUUAUAACAGACGAUUUUACACACAUAACUUUCCCCGUUUUCAAAAAUUGAAUCUCUCGACGUAUCGAGGAUUUCAACAAUUUAAAAUAAUGUGCUGCUAGAAGACAUGUCAACCGCCAGCAAUCAGUUAAUAUCAGUUAAUAAGAAGAAGCACAUACAACGAAAGAAAAUUCACGAAGAUUCCUGUGCCUUUAUCGAAAUCUGGAAACCUAAAAUGGAGCAAGUAACAAUAAACGACCAAAAGUUGUAUGUGUGU